AUGUUGAAGCUUUCCUGUAAUAAUUUGACUGACCAUUUACACACCUUCUUCUCCGAUCUCCCUUCUUUCUCUCCGGUGAAUCGCCGCAUCGUCUCCUGUUCUCAUCUACGCAAAACGGCCCCAGAUCCUUUACGAGCACUUGAUCAGAGAACCCUUACUCUCCCCGAUUCCGUUACUCCGGCGGAUCGUCUCCGACAUGGUCGGUUGAUGGAAGAUGGGUUUUCUUACAAGGAACAGUUUAUUGUCAGAAGCUACGAGGUUGGGAUUAACAAAACCGCCACCGUCGAGACAAUUGCUAAUCUCUUACAGGAGGUGGGAUGUAACCAUGCUCAGAACGUUGGAUUCUCGACCGAUGGAUUUGCGACAACACUCACUAUGCGGAAAUUGCAUCUCAUAUGGGUUACUGCAAGAAUGCACAUUGAGAUCUACAAAUAUCCAGCUUGGAGUGAUGUGAUUGAGAUAGAGACAUGGUGUCAGAGUGAAGGAAGGAUUGGAACAAGACGCGAUUGGAUUCUAAGGGACUGUGCCACGGGUGAAGUUAUUGGGCGUGCUACAAGCAAGUGGGUGAUGAUGAAUCAAGACACGAGGCGGCUUCAAAGAGUUACAGAUGAAGUUCGGGACGAGUACUUGGUUUUCUGUCCUCGAGAACCCAGACUAGCGUUUCCAGAGGAGAACAAUAGCAGCUUAAAGAAAAUCCCGAAACUGGAAGAUCCAGCUCGGUAUUCUAUGCUUGGGCUUAAGCCUAGACGAGCUGAUCUGGACAUGAACCAGCAUGUGAAUAAUGUCACCUACAUCGGAUGGGUCCUUGAGAGCAUACCUCAAGAAAUCAUAGACACGCACGAACUUAAAGUUAUAACUCUAGAUUACAGAAGAGAAUGCCAGCAAGAUGACAUUGUAGAUUCACUCACCACCUCUGAAAUCCCCAACGAGAUGGUCUCAAAGCGUACUGGGACCAACGGAUCUGCCACGACAAGCAAACAAGAACACAACGAGAGCCAAUUCUUGCAUAUCCUGAGACUGUCAGAAAAUGGUCAGGAGAUUAAUCGUGGGAGAACCCAAUGGAGAAAGAAAUCCUCAAGAUGA